AGUCAGGGGGAACACACAUCUGCGUCUUCUGCAGCAGGCGCUGAAGUCAACAGCGGGCCGUAAGUCUUACUGCGACUCCGUCUGAGAGCGGAUGGUGAGGUCAAUUUCUUGUACGAAGAGAAGUAGUACGGAAGUGGAAAGACUUGGGAGGAGGGGUCUUUGAGGGCUUGCUUCCUUUUUGAGGGAAGAAGACGGAUCGAUUUGUUGCUUUAGGGGCGGACAUAGGGUGGAUUUCCUGCAGCCAAUCGAGGUGUUGGGUUGUGUUGUUUGCUAAAAAAUCGCGUUUCGGGGUUGGGAGACGAGGUAGAUGACGAGAAUCUAGCAAAGGGUUGCUGGAACUGUGGAUUGAUAUGGCUAGAUUUUGCUGUUUUAGGAGCUGCUGCUCUCAGAUAUCAGGCGAUUCCCCUGAUAAUGGUAAAGGAAAAAGCAAUGAAGAUUGUGUGAGAGUGACCUAUGGCUUUAGUCUUCUGAAAGGGAAGGCCAAUCAUCCGAUGGAGGAUUACCAUGUUGCCAAAUUUGUACAUGUGAAGGGACAUGAAAUUGGUUUAUUUGCCAUCUUUGAUGGCCACUUGGGAGACAAAGUGCCUCAAUACUUACAGAAGCAUUUGUUUGAUAAUAUCUUAAAAGAGGAAGAAUUCUGGACCCAUCCAGAGAAAGCCAUUUUAGAGGCGUAUGAGAAGACAGAUGAAGCAAUUCUUUCUCAAAGUCCCCAACUGGGACGGGGUGGAUCUACUGCUGUUACAGCCAUUCUCAUUGAUGGAAGGAAGCUUUGGAUAGCAAAUAUCGGUGAUUCGAGAGGAGUUUUGGCGGCAGAUGGGAAGGCAUUACAGAUAACAGUCGACCAUGAACCAGGCAAAGAGAGGUGCGAUAUUGAGACAAGGGGAGGAUUUGUCUCGAACAUGCCAGGGGAUGUCCCAAGAGUGAAUGGCCAGCUAGCGGUUUCACGCGCAUUUGGAGACGAAAGUCUCAAGUUGCACUUGAGAUCGGAUCCAGACAUUCGCCCCAUUGACAUUGAUAAUGAUACAGAACUGUUAAUUCUUGCUAGUGACGGCCUAUGGAAGGUUGUGAGCAAUCAAGAAGCAGUUGAUAUUGGUAGGAAAUUUAAGGACCCUCAUGUAGCCGCAAAACAGUUAACCGCUGAAGCACUGAAGAAAGACAGCAAGGAUGACAUUUCAUGCAUAGUUGUUCGAUUCAAAGGGUAAAAGGAUUAAUUUUUACAAGAAAAAAAAAAACAAAACAAAACAAGUGUCUUGUAGUUCACCAAUCAAGCGGCCACAUCUAUCAUUCCAAUUACAUCAGAAGCUAGCAGGACUUUGUAUAAUUUGGCUUCAAUGGUCUCAUUGCCUCUUCUGUAAAUGUCUCUCUCUCUCUCUCUCUCUCUCUCUCUCUCUGGCUAGUUGUGAAGUAUUAUUUGAUUCCUUUGAGGUUAGUUAAUACACGCUUCUGUUUGUUGGAUUUCUGAAGACCUGAAGGCCCUUAGAUUGCAAGGUGGGGGAUCUAUUCAGCUUAAUGGAUUGGAAUUUUAAAGAGCAGUUUGUCUAUUGUCCUCAUAAAAUAUAUUUGUCAUUGCAGUAUGUUGUAUUAGCAAAAAAGCACAUUCUGUUGGUUCCAAUUAAUAAAAGCCGGAUUUUUGUAA